GGGCAAUGUGUUUUCUUGUAUACAUUCAGUAUACUUGGUUAUUCCUUUUGAUAUAUAUAAUAUUUUUACUUAUAAAUAAAUUAAAAAAAAAAAAAAAAAAAAAAGCAAAGCUCAUAAUCUUAUUCGUGAAGUAUUUUAGUCAUGGUUUUAUAUUAGGUAAUCUUCUUCCUUUUAAUAUUGAGGCUUUAUUAAAUUGUUUUGUCUUCAUUGCAUCUUUUGAGGAUACCUGUUUGUUCUUUUAUCCUAUUAAUGUUUGCAUUGUGAGUAAUCUUAGCAGCAAUAUUUCUAGCCAGCUGUCCAUUAUCUGUUUCUGCUCCAAUUGCCUUUUAGGGUUCAGUUUGUGGCUCUUCAAGAAAUGCUCCAUGUGUGUGUGAAGGACUCUAGAGAAAAGAUUGUUUUAUAAGAAAUCUUUCGGCGGGAUGUGUAACGUGUACUAAGUUAUAAGGAAAUCUGAAGAAAGGUCAAGGAGAAUGCAAAUAAGAUAGCUAAGAGGAGGGAAAGAGCAAAAGCUCAUAAAGAUGACAGUUGUCAUUUCCUCUGCCCAUUCAUUAUGUACACAUUCCUUAUUAUCUCUCUCUCUCUCAAUCAUUCACUGUGGAGUCCUGCCUUUUGUCCUAUAUGGAUUUUGUUUUUCUCAUUUCUAAUAAAUUUAGAAAUGUACCUACAGAGUAUAUUUGGGCCAUUGUUUUCUUUUCAUAAGAUAUUCUGAUUCAUAUGUUCGGUUUGAGUUAGUUAAUAUCUAGUCUACUGAUGCUCUCUGGGGAUUUAGUGGAAUUGUGUAAUAUUUUAUAGAUUCUAGACAUUUUGAAUCCUUAAAUUCUUUUUCAUUUCUUGUUUAGUUUGUCAUUAGAUCCUCUCAUAUAUGCUGGUGUACUUAGUCAGGUUCUUCUUGACAUCUCCACUUCCCUCAAACUGUGUUUUUUUUUCUCAUGUGAAAAUAUGAGGUGAUGGAGAUCAUAUAAGCGUGAUUCACAUUUGAUGGACUAGUCAUGGUGCAGGACAUCUUAUCUGUGUACAACACGAAUGGUGUUUAUAGUUAUUAACUACCAAUAAUGGUACAGAAAGAUAAUGGAGACAUAUUUGGAAGUUGGCACCCCUAUAUCAAAAAACCACCUCUAGCAAGCUCAAAGUCUCCAACUUCAACAAAUAAUUUUCAUUUUUACAUUGUUGUCAAAAGUAGGGGAUGCUAUUUAUGUGUUAGAAAGGCAAUAUAAAAGUUUGCCUUAUAUGGUGACCCUCUAAUGAGGUAAGUAAAUAAAUGCUCAGCUAAAAAAAGAAGCAAACAUUUGAAAUUCUGUACCGUUAGAUAAAAAGUGAAUGAAUUUAAUUUUAAAGAGAUUUCUGACUAAUCAAUUAUUGAAACUAAGGAAUUUACGUCUGUUAUCAAUAUUAACAUGAAUAACUGACAAAUAUUUUACCUUUUGUGCAACAAAAUAGUUGGCACUACAUUGGAGUUUAUUUUCUCCAAAGACAGGAAAUAUAAUUUCGAAUUUUCCUUAAACCUUACCCUUAUUAAUAUAAAUAGCCAUUUUAUCAGAAUUGACUUGAUAGAUUUUGUUAUCUGGUCACAUCCCAGAAUAUUUGGCAAUGGUGGUUAUAGUUAUAACAAGUGUACUUUUUUUAUUUACUUUUGUUUCUUUAGUUCCUUUUCUAUACCUCCUCUCCCUUUCUCGUGGGGUGUUGAGUCCUUUAUUGGGUGGUGGUUGUUAUGUACACUUACAAACUUAAAUGGGAUAAUAUAGAAUCCCAACACAACCUCUUUUUUAUGGUGCAUUAAACCAAAAGCUUAAAUUAUCAAGAGGUGGGUCAACAAUGUAUGUCAUUCUCAGAUAUACACUAACAAUUUCUUAUCAUGUUAAGUGGAAAGGGGAGUGCACCUAAUUGGAAGCACAUAUAAUUUAAGUGCUUUACAUACUAGAAUGUUAUUUACUGCUAUAAAAUCUGUUGAUGCAAUAGUAAAUCUGCACUUGCCUUAAAUCAUUAAAUGUAUUGAUUGAGAGCUGUAAAUCCUAUCAAGUUUUUUAUGGUAAUGUUGUUCAAAUUAGAUUCUCUAGAACCUAAACAUGUAAGCAUACAUUUGUUUGCAACUGAGCAGGGCUUUACAUAGGAUUCUUCUAAGUUUUGGAAUUUGCAGUUGUGAAGCCAUCCAAUAAAGUUUUGCCACCUAGAUAUCAAUUCCAGAAAAGGCAUAUAUUUUGUCAUUUCCUUCAAGAAAAGAUAGAUAUUAGAUUUUAUGCUUUGCACCAGGGUAGUUUGUUGUCAUGACUUGGUACGUUGGCCGAUUAUUAUAAGAAUAACACUAUUGAUUUAUGGAUUGUGACAUUCUAAUGGAUUACCAUUGACAGCGUUGUCGUAAAUGCCCGACAGUUUGGAGUUUGAAUCAUCUGAAGGGCGGUGCCGCUGGGGGAAUAAGCUGCUAUUGAGCUGCUGCUACAGGAGUUUUUUAUCCUUACCACAUUAUUCUAUGAUUGCUUUUAUGGCGAUUUCUCUCUUCAUAACUCCCUAUAUCUAGGUAUGUAAUAUAAUGCAAGUCCAGAGUGAUGAUUUGACAGAAAUAUUGAGAAGGGUCAAUUUGUCAUCGACAUGGCAAAGAUGUUAAUUUAAAAGCUGUAGGUGUUAUAUCUACAAGGCAUCAUGCUAAACUCAUGGCAGUCUGACGCACAUUGUUGUCAUCUGCAACUCAUUUUUCCUUUUAAGCUUCACACUGAAGCAAAAUGGCCUUGUCUAUCCUUAAAGAACUGCUCCAAGGAUAUGUGCAAUCAUUGUUUGAUGAGGGAAUAAUAAGCAAUCAGUUUUCUCAUAUUCAGUCUUUGGAAAGUUUGGAGGAGCCUGAGCAUGUUGUGCAGGUGAUCGAUACGUACCUCAUUGAUGUCGAAACAAUUUUAUCAGAAUUAACAAGCUACAUGGAUUGUCCUGAAGUCGACUUCUCUACAUUGGCUACACUUUCUCACAAAGUAGAGGAGAGAAGCUUAAGCAUCGGUGCCGAGCAUGUGAGACUUGCAUGUGCUGAUCUCAUUCACGCUUGUGAUCAGAUGAACAAGGAAAACUUCUCCAAAGCCUUAAUUUGGGUAAAGAAUGAUUUUGCACAAACCCGAAACAAGCUGGAGGUGUAUGCUCAGGUAUUAAACAGCAUUCAUUUUGUCUUAUGCACUUCCAAGCUAGGGUUUUGGAAGAACCUACAUAUUCUGUGUUCUUUUGGAAAUAUGACUUUAUUUUCCUUUACCAAUUUAAGUCUUCUUUGGGGAGAAAAUUGUGGAGACUUGAUAUGUAGGACUAUAAGAAUUUUAGCUAGUGUUGAGUGGAAUUGGGAGCUGGCUUUACUCAGGGGCACAGGUUUGCACUAAAACAUUUCACGAGUUCAGAAAAAGAAUUUCCACGUUCAUAUAAUUUUAUGACAUCAUUGUAAACUGAUAUACCGAUUAUGGUAGCCUGGAAAGCUAUUUCUUUGAGAAUAUGUUGGUUUGGCAAGCAGUAAGUGUUACCACAAAGCUAGGUUGGGGGAGGGAGGGGGGGCCCACACACAACAAAAGCAGAAGAAAGAGAAAAAUCAAAGAUAAAUAAAAUAGGAAAUAAUUUAAGAAAACAAAGAGACAUUGCUAUUUCUGAGAAUAUGAGGAGUUUUAGUCCUCUCAAUGCACUAGUUGGAGCUCCUAUCACCCUUGCAUUUAUACUUCAAAAGUCUUCAUCUCAUCGUUUCGUAAUUUCUAUGUUGUCUCCGAUAAAGGAUUUUUGUUUAGGAUUUAACAUAGCAAAUCGACAAGAAGUUGAUCCUAUAUCAACAUAUAUCCGGGCUUACAUCUCAUUUCUUAUAAUAGUUUUCUUAGUGCGCUCUUGCUCUUUUAUGACCUCAUGAAAUUAAUUUUUGAGUUGUAAAAUCUUUUUGAGUGUUAAUAAUCAGAUGAUAUAGCUUAUUUCUUAGUGAUAGGAAGGAUUUUAGUGAUGAUACAUAAAUAUGUUCUUGGUGGAACUUAUCAAGACUUCAUUUUCCCAGUUAUUUUAUUUUUUGUUUCAAAUAUUUGUAACCUAAUUCACAAAAUCAAAUGGCAUAAACAAAUUGGCUAAAAUUACUGGGAAGAGCUAAGAUGACAUGCCAACUGGGAGGAAUUGAUAAUUUAUGAUCUUAAACCUAGUCAUGAUCUCCCAUAAGACUCACUGGGCAGAUUAUUCCCAUGUCCCAAUAAGCCCAAACUCGACUGUUUCUUUUGUUCAGAUGAAAAAAAGACUGUGUGUGUGUGUGUGUGUCUUAAACUCAGACGCUCACAACAUAAACCCAAAGGGGGAGCUUCAAAUCAAAGUAAUCCAGGAGAUGAAGGAAUCCAUAUGAGUAUGAAACUAUUUGAAAGGCAUAGGUUACUGCAGCAUUUAUUUUAUAUUUGAGUAAUACCUCAUCUAUUUCUUUUUUAUGUUCUUAAUUUAAA